GUUCAUACGCAGAACUUCGUUCACCGAUCAAACUCGCUUGCUCGCCUCACUUUUUUUGUGGCUGCUUAUUCUCAGAACUUCUCUCCAAUAAGAUGGAGAGUGACACCCGAAGCCCUGCAGGGCGAUCUCUUACUUUGGAAUCAUUGGAUUAUUCCAGGUAAGUGGCAAAAAAAAAGACACGCUAAUUUUAGGGCUACUUUGGACAUGUACUAAAUGAGAAAGUGUACGACUUCGGUGCUGCAGCAGACCAUAAUGCCGAGCUCUUUUGGGGGAAGAAUAACGAUAUUGACGAGCAAGCAUAUGACUUCGGUGCUGCCGCAGAUUAUAAUACCGAUCUUUUGAAGAGAAAGAAUAACGAAACUAGUGAGCUAGCGUUACCAGAGUCCUUAGACACUACGCUUCUGAGCACUUCAUAUGCUGCUACACUUGUACCAGAGCCUCAGGCUUAUAUGCGGGUCAGCUUCGACUCAGGCGAAUGGAAGAUUUUUCCGGCAGAACCAAAUGUCGAGGUAUCGAUGGCUGGCUUCAUAGAUGCUGGUGAUCUAAGUGAACAAUUUCCCCCAACCCCAUUGGUCAAUGAUGAAAGAAUUCCCGGCCAGAUAGCCACUGCACCGUCAUCUUCACCAAGUCCCCGAGAAUUACCAGGAGAAACUCAUGGAUCUCACGACGUUGCUCUAAGAGGGCAAAAGGGCAGACUGAGUUGCGACUACCCAGGGUGCAAAAAGACUUUUCCGCGCAAAUAUGAACUCAAGCGACAUACCAAGAAUAUCCACACCCAAAACUUCCAGGUAGUCUGUCCUGUUUACGGCUGUCAUCGAACUACGAAGCCGUUUAAAAGAGCAGACAAGUUCAUGGAACACUUCCGAAAACAUGAUAAUUCGCGAAGUUAUCGGUGCCUAAUCGAGAAUUGCCAGUCUGCCCCCUUUGAAAUCCCAGGCUUGAAUGAUCAUCUGACCAAGGGACACCACAUGGACUACGACACCCAGCCAAAUCUUGACUUCAUACAUUAUGCAGUCUUUGGAAGUCGCUCCGUUCCAUUUUGGCUCUAUCGCCUGCGUUUGAGAGGUCGUGAUACCUGCCCAUUGGCACCAAAUGGCUGUACUUGGCGAGUCACAGCUGAUGAUCAAGAGGACAUCCACAAAUACAAGAUGCAAACACACUUUCUUACUCAUGAGCUUUCUGAUCGCCGACAAGAGAUAGAACAUCUAAGAAACCUCUUUAAAGACGCUGGCAAUCGAUAUCUGGACGAUGGAACAAAGAAUUGCAUGUUAUGUUCGUUCCAGGCCAGCGGCUACUUCCACCGAGAGGUUCUUUUCGAACACAUGGUGAAAGAUCACUCUCAAGAAGAACGUGGUUCAGUUCUUGGAGAAACUCGCCAGAUCAUUGUCAAUUUCAUAUAUCUGUGGUAUCACUAUCCCAGCCUGAAACAUUUGAAUGUCAUAGUACUUGCAAAGGAGUGCAGAAGAGCUGGCCUUGGAUUUCUGAUGUGGCAACAACGCCUUCUCGGUGGUCUCAAGGACAAUUGAUUCUCAGCCUGUAAUUAAUUGACGUGUCAUACUCGCAACCAGUAUCCAUCUUAUGCGCGACGGCUGUUUUCUCAUGGAAAUUUUUCUUGGUUUCGGAAUUGCGGAGCUAUUCUGGUGCUUCAAGAGUGCCCCGCUGGUCUCUUAAUUUUUCCUAGUUUGAUCUUCUCUACUAUUCAAUGACCUUUGUAGUGAUUUACCUACAUGACAUAUCACACUUUCCUAUGUAUCCAGUUUGAUUUGUUAUUUCGGUUGUUGGAUCUACUUUUCUUCGUUCCAUAGCAACGAAAGACCAAAAAAAUAUGUAUCCACUUUGUUUACUUAUUUCGUUGGACGAAUCUAUUUUUCUGCGUCUCAUAGCAACAAAAGACAAAAAAAAGGGAGGGGUUUCACAAAUUCUUGAUUUUCUGAUUUAUCUUUGGACAUGCACUCAAUGUUAGCUUGAUAAUACUACAUCGUUCAUUAUUCAAACAUU